CCUACGCAGUAGGUCGGCCGAUGCUCCGCUCUCUAGUCGCGUAGUAACUCUUUCACAUUUUCGUUUCAAUUUUCGAUUUAGGGUAACGGCAGCUGCUUGAACUAGAACUUAAAAUGUAGAUAACACGCUUUCGUGCUUAGUCAUUCGGAGACCCUCGAGCAGUCGAGUGAAAACCUAAAAUACCGAAUCGUGUGUGUGUGGUGUUGAGCUUUGUAUUUUUUACGCGGUAAACAUUGGUUUUGUAUUGAACAAGUAGAUUCAGCAAUGCCAGUUCGAAGAGGACACGUCGCUCCACGGACUACAAUCAUCGAGACAAUUAUACGAAAAUUUGACACUCAUAACCGGAGCUUCCUGGUGGCGAACGCGCAGCGGGGGCUAUGCCACAUCAUCUACUGCUCGGACGGCUUCUGCCGCAUGACGGGCUUCAGCAGGGCGGAGGUGAUGCAGCGGCCCGCGUCCUGCGAGUUCCUGCACGGGCCGCUCACCUCGCAGCACGCCGCCCAGGUCGUCCGCGACGCGCUCGCCGUCGGCGCCGAGAAGCACUUCGAGAUCCUCUACUACCGCAAAGACGGCACCAAGUUCCUAUGCAGCCAGGUGAUAGCGCCUAUCAAGAGCGAAGUAGAUGACAUUUGCCUUUACAUUAUUAACUUCGAAGACCUGACUGCUCCACCAGCAGCUGAGGAGGGCGUCGUACUGGCCGCCAACACCAAACUCAGCAAGCUGGACCGCGCGCGACAGUCGUUCCGGCAGUCACUGCGGAUGGGGUCGCUACGUGGCCGCGGCCUUCGCCUCGCCGGCUACCUCACGCCGCCCAGCGACGUCACUGCCGAAGACGCUGACGGCGACGAAGAUCACGACCACGAGGCCACCAGGCCGAGUAUAGGUCGGAAAGAGAAGGACAAGGAGAAGGAGAAAGCGAAGGAGGAGGAGAAAGAGAAAGAGAAGGACAAAGAACGACCGCUGGGCGAGACGCCGGCCGCGCCCAUCGCAUCACCGGAAGCCAUGUCGGAGGAAGCGGUACCAAGCGUACCGCACGCUACGUCCCUAGACGCCAUCUCACGACGCCCUCGCCUGCCGGAGCCGCAGCAGCCACCCGCCAGGAGCGCCACCGUCGCAGGCCCCACAAGAAACCAUGUCUCUAAAGCAUUCCCCAUCACUUCAUCUGAAUCAGAUCUCCAGCGCGUUCGGACAACCACGUCGAUAUGGGAACGAGGUAGUCAUGAUAGGAAAUCACCUUCACUCAGCAAUGUUCCCUCCGACAGUCUGAAGCACAAGUUCUCCAUUCAAGAUAAUGGAUCAGCAAAAUUCUUCCAAGGUGCUCUGCACACUCCAAACAUGGGUGAGAAAGUGGCACAGAUUAAUUUCUCCAGAAUGCUUCAUCAUCAGAAUACAUCUUGGGAGUUACUGUACAAGAGUCAUUAUUGUGUGUAGUUAUGUUGUUAUGUCUGCAUUGAUGACAUUGUUAGUACAUUUGUUGAAGGUAGUUGAAGUCUAUGUGACACUAAGGUAAUACAUUUCAAAUGUGGAAAUAAAAUAUUUAAA